UGCAGGCCGCAGGCGGUUGCCGGGCGCGCGAGCGGAGCUGGCGGCGGGCAUGGGCGGCCUGCGGCUGCUGGCGGUAGCCCUCACGUGCAGCUGCUGGUGGCCGCAGGGCGGCCAGGCCAAGACCCUGCGGGGCAGCUUCAGCAGCGCCGCGGCCCGGGACGCCCAGGGCCAGAGCAUCGGCCAUUUCGAGUUCCACGGUGACCAUGCACUUCUGUGUGUCAGAAUCAACAACAUAGCAGUAGCUGUUGGAAAAGAAGCUAAACUGUACUUGUUCCAAGCCCAGGAAUGGCUCAAGCUGCAGGAGAGCAGUCCUGGUUACACCUGCACUGAGAGGUUAUCCAGAGCUCAGCUGACAAUGAUAAUGAACCAGACUGAGCACAACCUGACAGUGGCCCAGCUCCCAGCUCCCCAAACAUGGCACGUGUUCUAUGCAGACAAGUACACAUGCCAAGAGGACAUGGAGAGCGCCCAGGCAGAAGACAUCCCAUUUGAAAUGAUGCUCCUAAACCCGGAUGCCGAAGGAAAUCCAUUUGAUCAUUUUAGCGCUAGAGAAUCUGGCCUACAUGAGUUCUUUUUCCUCCUAGUCCUAGUGUACUUUGUGACGGCCUGCGUCUACGCGCAGUCCCUGUGGCAGGCCAUUAAGAAGGGAGGACCCAUGCGCACCAUCUUAAAGGUCCUGACAACCGCACUGCUGCUCCAGGCCGCAUCAGCCUUGGCUAAUUACAUCCAUUUCUCCAGGUACUCCAAAGAUGGAAUAGGGCUACCUCUUAUGGGAAGUUUGGCAGAGGCUUUUGACAUUGCCUCCCAGAUUCAGAUGCUCUACCUGCUUCUGAGCCUGUGCAUGGGCUGGACAGUAGUCAGGAUGAAGAAGCCUCAGAGCAGGCCACUGCAGUGGGACGCCACCCCCGCAUCCACAGGCAUCGCAGUGGUCAUAGUCAUAACGCAGAGCAUUUUGCUACUUUGGGAGCAGUUUGAGGACACCAAUCACCACAUCUCACAUUCGCACCACAGCUUGGCCGGGCUCUUGCUGAUCAUCUUAAGAGUGUGCCUUGCACUGUCGCUGGGCUGUGGACUCUACCAGAUCAUCAGCGUGGAGAGGAGCACGCUCAAGAGAGACUUCUACAUCACAUUUGCCAAAGGCUGCAUCUUGUGGUUCUUAUGCCAGCCAGUGCUCGCCUGCAUCGCUGUCGUUUUUAAUGACUACCAAAGAGAUAAAGUGAUUACAAUAGGUGUCAUCCUCUGCCAGUCUGUCUCCAUGGUUAUUCUGUACAGACUCUUCCUGUCCCACAGCCUGUACUGGGAAGUUUCUUCCCUCUCCUCAGUAACACUACCACUGACCAUCUCAUCUGGACACAAAAGUCGCCCUCAUUUCUGAUACUUGAUUUUUGUUGAAAGAAGAAGUGAAUUGGAUAAGUGCAAUAAGGGUCCAAAGCAAUGACUUCUUUUCAUGCCUUUUGCUCUGAAAGACUGAACAGCGAAAGCAGAGCAUGUUGUUUAUGUAACUGCAUUUCAGCAGUGCCAGACUCAGAGAGGUAAGAAACGCUCUGGAGUGUACUCAAACAAUAAACUUUUCCAAAAGAAGGCUGUUUCGAGUCGAUUGAAGGACUUCCAUCGGGAAUAAAUGUGAAAAGGCUGCUUAGGUGAUGCGGGUUCAGGCGCUCCUGUUUCCAGUGCCUCAGCAGCAGGCUCAGGGCUCCUGGUCCUCAACAGCAGCCACUCUCUGGUGACUUACUUCUGCGCGGCAGCUGGUCCAGUUAGGAGCUCACUGUGAUGUGCUGGUUUUAAAGCUGCUUCUUCUUGGGCUUUAGAGAAAGGGCCUUUCAUAUGACAACUUAAAGGAAUUGAAAAUGAAAUUACUUGAGGAAGUAAAUAGAAAGUAUGUUAACAGUUGAAUGAAUUAGCUUUUGUUUGUUCAUGGGUGGAGUUAUUCUGCAAUUUCUUCUUGUAUUGUUGGCUCUAGUUCAGGUUCUAUCCUGAUUAGGAAAGAAUUUUGGAUAAAUGUGUGGAAAAUUGUAGAUCCUUUACAUUGGUUGUAAGAACAGAGGGUUUUAAAUCUGAGCACGUGGGUGAAGGGACAAGCAGGUCUUUGUAUUUAAAAUAAAGAAGGAAAAAGUAGUAUGUGAUAUUGCACUAAAAUUUUAAUCCUGAGAUAAUUCAGUUCUCUUACGUUGAAUCCCCAAUCAUAAUUAAGCUGUAUACACAGAUUAAAUUAACAGAAGCAUUUCACAUAAAUGUUGGUUUCAGUCAUCAACUACCCAUGAAUUCCUGCCCAAGGAUACUUAAUCAGGAUUAAAUUUUCUAUGAAUAAUUGAAAAACAAAAUACUCACUGGAUUUGUUAUAAUCCAUGUUGGCAGUGGAUUGUAAGUAGUUGCCAUCUUGAAUCCUUUGUAAUAAAGCCGUGUAUGUGUGUGUGUUGCCCCCAAAUUAAGGAUGCUAGUUUUCUAAGAAGUUCCUGAUUAAAGAACUGCUAUAAGGUUGUCGAUGAGAACCUAUCUAAAAUGAGAACCCUGGUUAGUAGAUCCUGAUUGACAGUUACUCUGUUGGUAUUUGUCCAGUUGUUUGAACCUUUUUAUUUACAACUUUGGCUAAUUUUAAA